CUGUAUAGCUGUGUCCGCGCUGAUUCUUCCCAGCCCACAUGUCUGCAGUGGCGGCAUGGCGAGGAUGCUGUUAUAAUUCAACGUCAGAUCAAGUAUAAUCAACGUCCCCCUGCUGGCUCAAUUGGAUCCUUAUUCACAAAAAUAUAAUCUUCUCGCUCCGCAACCAUCUUUGAGAAAGUCUGUGCCUUUUUUCUCAACGGAAGAAGAUUCGCUCUGCUGCAGUUCGGCUCGCAGUUCAAUGUAUGUCACUCGUAGUCCACAGUGAGAGGCUGAGAGCUCCUUGCACAUCUGACGGAUUUUCUCUGCGAAUAGGCUUGUGUACCUACAUGGUUUCCCUAUAUCAGAUUCGUUUGAGGAGUUAAAUUCUGAGGUCUGAUAAAAUGGGCCAUCGCAUAAUAGCGACUGUCCUUUUUUGUGUGUGGCUUUUUGGUAAAUCGCAUGGAGCGUUUCCAAACCAGAUAAAUAUAGGUGGGCUUUUUAUGCGCUCUACAGUGCAGGAGCACAGCGCCUUCAGGUUCGCUGUUCAGCUGUAUAAUACCAAUCAGAAUGUGACGGAGAAACCUUUCCAUCUCAAUUAUAAUGUAGACAACCUCGAAUCCUCCAACAGCUUCUCCGUCACACAUGCGUUCUGCUCCCAGUUCUCCAGAGGAGUGUACGCCAUCUUCGGCUUCUACGACCAGAAGUCCAUGAACACGCUGACCUCGUUCUGUGGGGCUCUACACACCUCCUUCAUCACACCCAGCUUCCCCGCCGAUGCCGACGUGCAGUUUGUCAUCCAGAUGAGGCCUCCUCUACGGGGAGUUGUCCUCAGCCUGCUGGCCCACUACAAGUGGGAGAAGUUUGUCUACCUCUAUGACACCGAGAGAGGUUUCUCUAUCCUUCAAGCCAUCAUGGAGUCAGCAGUGGCCAAUAACUGGCAGGUGACGGCCCGGUCGGUGGGCAGCAUAGUGGACCCUACAGAGUACAAACGCAUCAUUGAGGAGAUGGACCGCAGGCAGGAGAAACGCUUCCUCAUCGACUGUGAGGUUGGAAGAAUCAACACCAUCCUGGAACAGGUGGUGACCCUGGGGAAGAACAGCAGAGGCUACCACUACAUCCUGGCUAACCUGGUUUCACUGCAGGGCUUCGCUAACAUGACCCUGGACAAAGUGUUUGCUGGAGGAGCCAACAUAACAGGCUUCCAGAUCAUCAACCCAGAGAACCCAAUAGUCACACAGUUCAUCCAGCGCUGGGAACGCCUAGACGAGAGGGAGUUUCCUGAGGCUAAGGGCACACCGCUGAAGUACACGUCGGCACUGACCCAUGAUGCCGUGCUGGUCCUGGCAGAGGCCUUCCGGUACCUGCGGAGGCAGAGGGUGGACGUGUCCCGGAGGGGGAGCGCUGGGGACUGCCUAGCCAACCCGGCCGUACCCUGGAGCCAAGGCAUUGACAUAGAGAGAGCCCUCAAAAUGGUCCAGGUACAAGGUAUGACAGGGAAUAUCCAGUUUGACUCGUUCGGUCGGAGAUCCAACUACAGCAUCGAUGUGUAUGAAAUGAAAAUAGGGGGGCCCAAGAAGACCGGGUACUGGAAUGAAUUCGAAAAAUAUGUAUUUAUUGUGGAUGCGCAGGUCACCAACGAGUCCUCUUCUGUGGAAAACCGAACGAUUGUGGUCACUACUAUUAUGGAAUCUCCUUAUGUGAUGUACAAGCGAAACUACUUGUCACUGGAUGGGAAUGACAGAUAUGAAGGCUACUGUGUCGAUUUAGCGGCUGAAAUUGCAAAACAUGUGGGGAUAAGAUACAAACUGUCAGUAGUUGCGGACGGGAAGUAUGGUGCAAGGGAUCCAGAGACCAAGACGUGGAACGGGAUGGUGGGUGAGCUGGUAUAUGGGAGAGCUGAUAUAGCAGUGGCUCCUCUAACUAUAACAUUGGUACGAGAGGAAGUGAUAGACUUCUCUAAGCCUUUUAUGAGCCUGGGGAUCUCCAUUAUGAUAAAGAAGCCUCAAAAGUCAAAGCCGGGCGUGUUCUCCUUCCUGGACCCGCUGGCCUAUGAGAUCUGGAUGUGCAUAGUGUUUGCCUAUAUCGGCGUGAGCGUGGUGCUCUUCCUGGUCAGCCGCUUCAGCCCAUAUGAGUGGCAUCUGGAUGAGAACGACGAGGCCAAAGACCCCCAGAGCCCUCCAGACCCACCUAACGACUUUGGGAUUUUUAAUAGCCUGUGGUUCUCCCUGGGCGCCUUCAUGCAGCAAGGAUGCGAUAUCUCGCCAAGGUCUCUGUCGGGCAGAAUCGUGGGGGGGGUGUGGUGGUUCUUCACCCUCAUCAUCAUCUCCUCCUACACAGCCAACCUGGCUGCCUUCCUCACAGUGGAGAGGAUGGUGUCUCCCAUAGAGAGUGCUGAGGACCUGGCCAAGCAGACAGAGAUUGCCUACGGGACCCUAGACUCAGGCUCCACCAAGGAGUUUUUUAGGCGCUCCAAAAUAGCAGUUUAUGAAAAAAUGUGGUCUUACAUGAAAUCAGCUGAACCGUCAGUGUUCGCAAAGACCACUCCAGAAGGGGUUGCCCGAGUGCGAAAGUCGAAAGGCAAAUUUGCCUUUCUUCUCGAAUCCACAAUGAACGAGUACAUCGAGCAGCGGAAACCUUGUGACACCAUGAAAGUGGGCGGCAACCUCGACUCUAAAGGAUACGGUGUGGCCACACCUAAAGGCUCAGCAUUAAGAAAUGCUGUUAACCUGGCAGUGUUAAAACUGAAUGAGCAAGGCCUCUUGGACAAAUUGAAAAACAAAUGGUGGUACGACAAGGGAGAGUGCGGCAGCGGGGGAGGUGACUCCAAGGACAAGACAAGUGCUCUAAGCUUGAGCAAUGUGGCGGGAGUCUUCUAUAUUCUGGUUGGAGGGCUAGGGCUGGCUAUGACCGUGGCUUUGAUAGAGUUCUGUUAUAAGUCACGGGCUGAAACCAAACGACUGAAUCUGGCUAAGAAUGCCCAAAACUUUAAACCAGCUCCUCCGGCAAACACCCAGAAUUUUGCUACGUACCGAGAAGGCUAUAAUGUGUAUGGAACAGAGAGUGUUAAAAUCUAGGGGAUCUGAAGUCUGUCCCUUCCGCUGGUGUGUCUGGAGGAAGGGACAGUCACUCUGUAGGAACACAACCCACUGGCUGGCACCCUGGAGGCGAGGCGGCAGACUUGGUCAUCAGCUUGGACCCAAACCCACAGUCAACAAAUGCCCAUCCUGUGUUGCCAAGCCUGGCACGAUUAUUGACGACGGUGACGCAAUAGGACUUGUGCUUCUUCAAAUAUGGGACUUGCCUCUCUUAGUGCCUUACGGAGCAUUCAGCAUCACAGCAAUGCAACUCCAUUUUGGUUCACUUGAAAAUACAAAGAAUUGCAAAAGAAUAUAGGGUAGGAAAGAAAGAAAACAUUUAUACGGUUGUAAUCUAUAAGUGGGGAAAGUUUUAGUUCAAUUAUUUUCAAAAAAAAAGCCAUUAUUUACCAUUAAGAAACUCAUCCCAGAGAACAUUUUAAGGAAUUUCAAGCCUUUACAGGUGUAUUUUAGUGGUAAAAUGUUUAUUGAAAAAAUUUUGUGUUUUAUUGAACGUACUAGAGUCAUCUGCCUAUUUUACUAUACAAUUAUUUUCAAUGUCAUAUAAUAAUCUAAGACAAACUUCAAUCAAUAGGGUAGGAUCAAAAGAAAAGGACAAUGUUGUACCCUAAUCUUUUAUUUAAAAAAAAAUAUGAAUAAUUUGAAAUCAUUGGUUAUUUAAAAUGUCAAGUGCAGUCCGUUAUCUUAGAGCCUGAUGGACAAGCUGACAUUUUAUCACCAUGGUAGCAGCAUAACAUGACUGGUUAAAAAUAAAUACAAUAUUUAAUUUGGGCAAUGGCCCACACUUGUCACUACUGCCAAACAAAAAUAUUAAUAUUAAAUAUGACAUUUUAUGAAGACAUGAUCAGUUUUUAAAAGCCAUAUGGGGCCAUGUUGUGAUUGAGGUUUUUGAUUGAACAGAGUAUUUAAAGUUGUAGAGAACACUUGCAUAUUUACAGUAUAGGCCUACUGAGCAUAAUAGAUUUUUUGUUAUAAACAGUACACCCCAAUUUACAACAUAAAGGUUUGAGUACUCAUAUUAAUCAAAAUCGGCUACAUAUCUUUCACAAAAAGGUUAUUAAAUUGUAAGUCUAAUUGCAAUGCAAUCCAAUGAUAAUAUAUACUAAUGGAGUUAAAUCUCUAUCUUAACAUGUUUGGUAAAUAAUAGCACACUAUAUCUAGUUGUAAUUUACAUUCAUUUCUUUGUACCUGUGUUUUCUGUUUAGAUUGAUCAUUAUUCAGUAAUUAACCCAAUGAGAGUGGAGAGAUCAGAAGAAUACAACUAGAGUACUUCUGUUUUAUGUUUCUGAGAAAAAAUAACUAUCAGAAGAAUACAAGAGUAUUUCUGUGUUUUUAUGUUUCUACAAAAACUGUGAUCCACUAGCUUACACUUUGAAGACAUGCCAAGCAGAAAACGGAUGAUGAUGAAUAAGAUAAUUCUUUAACCAUGGAGAAGCAUAAAUGUUAAGAAACAUUGAUUUUAUUAAUGAAGGCUUCUCAUAUCCUUUUUUUUUUAAAAUUUUCAACUAAUAAAAUGCAUGUGAAAUUGGUGAUCACUUUACCAAACUGCAACCUAAAGCAGACCCUAGGAAGUUAGCAAACAAUCUCAACUUUAUAACGAAUCGGAUCCUUUUAGUUAUUUAAUUUGUAAUUGCACCUCAGCAAUGAGAAAAUUGCCAAGCCGCGUAGUGAUAACAAGAACUGCAUGUGUGGACAUACUGAACCUUGUGAGGUCCUGUACAAAGAAUUUUAUUACAUUUUGUAAAUAAAAGUGGAUUUAAAAUUCA